AUGUCGUCCGGUAUUGAGCAGAAAAAAACCGAAGGAGAGGCUGGAGUCAAGUCCGAGGGUGAGGCCCAUGUCGCGCACAACGAGAAGCUCGACCACAAUCAGGUCUUGACCAACAAGGAUCUCAUGAACGAAGCUAUUGAUGGAGAGAACAAGGAGCAUGAGCAAGGAGUCUGGGAAGCAGCGAAAUCGCACCCAUUGGCUUGCAUGUGGGCCUUCAUCUUUUGCUUCACCAUCGUGAUGGAGUCCUUCGACAUGUUCCUGAACACCAACUUCGUCGCCCUGCCCUAUUUCAAAAAGCAGUUUGGCGUCUUGAUUGGUGCCAAUGAAUACUCCAUCCCCACCCGGUGGCAAAGUGCCCUCUUCCAGUCCGGUCAAUGUGGUGCCUUUAUUGGCGUCUUUGCAGCCGGUCCAAUUACCAAUCGCUUUGGAUACCGCUGGACGACCAUUUUUGCAUUGAUCUUUAUGAAUGCUACUAUUUUCAUAUCCUUCUUUUCGACUUCUCUCGGUAUGUUGGUUGCAGGACAAUUCCUGGAGGGUAUUCCCUGGGGGUUCUUCAUCAGCAACUCUCCAGCCUAUGCCAGUGAGAUCGUGCCUCUUGCCCUCCGAGGUGCUUGCACGGCGACUCUGCAAAUGAGCUGGUCGAUCGGUGGGAUUAUUGUUGCGGCUGCCAGUUAUGGCUACAACAAUCGCAACGAUGAGUGGUCUUGGCGAGUGCCCACUGCCUUGCAAUGGAUCUUCCCAACACCACUUUUGAUACUGAUCUUUUUAGCCCCCGAGUCGCCCUGGUGGCUCAUCCGUCGUGGACGCAAGGCAGAGGCACUUCGAUCUAUCGAGCGUCUAGGUGACAAAGGCGAAAGGUCCCAUAAAACCUUGGCUAUGAUUGAGCGAACCGUCGAGUUGGAGGCUGAGAUGGGUGGCAGCCCGACUCUCCUGGAUCUCCUCAAGGGGACAGACCUCCGGCGAACAGUCAUCAUCUGUAUGAUGUAUGCUUCGCAGAACUUUGCCGGAAACCUCAUAGCCAAUCAGGCUACGUACUUCUUUGAGCAGGCUGGUAUAUCGCCGGACAAAUCAUUCCAAUUGAACCUCAUCAAUUCGUGUCUUCAAUUUGUCGCAAACGCUCUGUCGUGGCCGCUGAGCGCCUGGUUCGGUCGCCGCACUAUAUACCUCUGGGGAACCGCAAUUAAUGUUACAUUCCUGUUUAUUCUUGCUAUUUGUGGCUCGGUUCAUCAAACUCAUCAGACUAGCUACGCUCAGGCAUGUCUAGGGGUCAUUAUCUCGUUCGUGUACGCUGGCGCCAUGGGCCCCAUUACCUACACCAUUAUUGCCGAAACCUCGGCUGUCCGCCUUCGUGCCCUGAGCACUGGUGUUGGCCGUGCUGCUUACUAUGUUGCUGAGAUCCCUAUGAUCUUCUUAGCCUCGCAAAUGCUCAACCAGACCGGAUGGAACCUUGCUGGAAAGUGUGGCUAUGUCUGGGGUAGUACCGCGAUUGUUUGCUGGAUCUUGGCAUACUUCUUCUUGCCGGAGCUGAAGAACCGCUCGUACCGUGAGAUUGAUAUCUUGUUCAAUCGUAAGGUUCCAGCCCGCCAGUUCAAGGAGACUCAUAUCGAUGUUACCGAGAACGAGUAA